AUGGCGUUCCGUGCAGCUUGCCUUCUUUUGGUGACGACUACCACGGCACUUCCCGAUGCUGCACAGCCUUCCUUGAGGGGUGCAUCCCAGGGCCCGUGUGUGAGCUGGUGCCAGUGGGUGCCAGGCCCAUCAUGGCAGUACACCCCUGACUGUCGAGGAUGCUCAGGCACCGCCAGUCAGCCGGCCUCUACCGCCCCAGCACCCGCCUCCGGACCUAGGCCCACUGACGGCAGGUGCGUGGAUUGGUGCACCUACGUGCCAAGCCCCUCAUGGCAGUACACUCCCGACUGUCAUGGCUGUUCCGGACAAAGGCCCGCCAUCAACCCUAGCAGCCCGCCUGCAAGGCCCACCACGACCGCCUGUGACAGCUGGUGUGGCUGGGUGCCACAGGGCUCCUGGCAGUACACCCCGGAGUGCCGCGGCUGCUCAGGAGGAACUCCCACUCAACCCAUCGAACGCCCAACAGCACCGAUCCAGACGACUGGAAGCUGCGUGAGUUGGUGCCAGUGGGUCCCAUCUCCUUCUUGGCAGUACACCCAAGACUGCCGCAACUGCUCAAACUCCCACCCGGAUGAGGGCAGCUCCGGCACUGUCAUCGGUAAUGGAACUUGUGUGGGCUGGUGCCAGUGGGUGCCGCUGGCUUCCCGUCAAUACACGCCAGAGUGCCGCGGGUGCUCAACUUCAGGUCCGACUGCGACUCCGGCGGCACCGGCCAGCAUCAAAUGUGCGGACUACUGCAAGUGGGUGCCCAGGGCCUCCUGGCAGACCACUCCGGACUGCCGCAGUUGCUCCGGGAAUGUGUCUUCCCCGCUGCCGGUUGGUCCUGCAGCGCCGGUGAACGGAAGCAAUGCAAGCUGUUCGAACUGGUGCCAGUGGGUCCCCACAGCAUCCUGGAACCUCACUCAUGGCUGCCAUGGCUGCUUUGGGCAAGAGCUGGAUGGACCUUUCCUGCCGCACAGUGGAAGCGAUGUUGGAAACUGCGUGGGCUGGUGCCAGUGGGUCCCGCAAAACUCAUGGCAGUACACCCCCGAAUGUGGUGGCUGCUCAGGACGAGAUCGACCGGUGGGACCAGACAGUGGCCGGCCAGUGAAUGGAACGCAGGGAGUUUGCGUGAACUGGUGCAGAUGGGUCCCGCAUGCAUCUUGGCAGUACACUCCGAGCUGCCAUGGCUGCUCCGGUGGAUCCCCGGCCGUGCGGCCGGACAGCCCAGUCACUCCGGGACAAAACUGUGCCACCUGGUGUCAGUACGUGCCGGGCGCCUCCCAGCAGUACACGCCGGAGUGCCGAGGAUGCGGUCAGGGCAGCGGACCUGCCACCGUGCCAGCUCCCGCACCAGCAACCCCCGGCGGAUGCGCCAGCUGGUGUGGUUGGGUGCCGACUCCGUCGCACCAGUACACACCCGAGUGCCGUGGAUGUUCUCAGGGUGCAAGCAGCCCAUCCUCCACUCCGGUCGCUGCUGGAUGCGCCACUUGGUGUGAGUAUGUCCCAAUGUCUGCAUGGCAGUACUCGUCCGGCUGCACGGGCUGCUCUUCAAAGACCCUGCCACCCGUGUAA